AGUGGGGCUCUGGAUCCCAGCCACGAGAUUUCUGAUCAGGAUUGUUAAAAUGAGUCUGCGGAAGCAAACCCCCAGUGACUUCUUAAAGCAAAUCAUUGGACGACCAGUUGUGGUAAAAUUAAAUUCUGGAGUGGAUUAUCGAGGGGUCCUGGCUUGCCUGGAUGGCUACAUGAAUAUAGCGUUGGAGCAGACAGAAGAAUAUGUAAAUGGACAACUGAAGAAUAAAUACGGGGAUGCAUUUAUCCAAGGCAACAAUGUGUUGUACAUAAGUACACAGAAGAGGAGGAUGUGAAGACACCAAGAGUUGUACACCAAGUACAAUACUUUUCAUUCAUACUUGGAUCUAUAUUUUAUGAAGUAUUUGGUUCUUUUGUGAUAUAAUUUGUUCUAUUUCAUAAUAGUUGAUGAUUUUUCACUGACAUGUGGGUAACAUAUAUGUAUAAAAUUGUGGAUUUAAUUAUAAAGAGUUCUUUCAUA